UCGCGCAUGCGCACUACCCAGGUCCGAGUGGCCGAUACAAGAUGGCGGAGUCGGUGGGGAGGGAGAGGCGGAGGCGGGUCCGGAUCGAAUAGAGCAAAGCCUAUACAGGACUCCUAGAAAAUCUCUCUAAGACAGGACAAAUGAGGAGCUAUGACGAGUGAAAACCAUAGUACCAUAAAGGGAGACUCGGGCAUGAUCAUGUCCCCAACUGGGUCCUCAGCUCAAGCACCACCCCUCACGCCCUCCACCAGCAAAGCCAUCCAGGACCUGCCAGAGGAGCUGGUUCAGGCUGGAUGGGCAAAAUGCUGGAGCAAGAGGGAGAAUCGGCCAUACUAUUUUAACCGUUUUACCAACCAGUCGUUGUGGGAGAUGCCGGUCCUGGGGCAGCAUGAUGUCAUUUCUGAUCCACUGGGCCUCAACGCAGCUCCUGCUUCAGGUGAUGGCACAGGGGAAGCCGGACUGGGCAAUGGGCAACGUAAGAGACGCCCCUCAGAGGAUACUUCCUCGGGGGCUCCUAACAGCUUCAAGAGGCCAAAGGUUGAGAUUCCUGUAACUCCAACCACUCCCACAAUCCCGAUUUCACCAAGCACCCCUGGCGCAAAGCCCUGGAACUCCACCUUAGACGAAAAACAAGCCCAGCCUAGCACCCCUGCUCCUGCUCCAGCCCCAUACCGGCCCUCUGUAAUCUACUGGGAUCUGGACAUUCAGACCAACGCAGUAAUUAAGGAGCGGGCUCCAUUUAACUACCUCCCUCCUCAUCCGGAGAUUGAGCUACAGCGUGCCCAGCUCACCACCAAACUCCGCCAGCACUACCAUGAGCUGUGUUACCAGCGUGAAGGGAUUGAGCCACCACGGGAGUCAUUCAACCGCUGGCUGUUGGAGAGGAAGGUGAUGGAUAAAGGAGUGGACCCCCUGCUGCCCAGCGAGUGUGAGCCUGUCAUCUCUCCCUCCAUGUUUAGAGAGGUCAUGAAUGACAUCCCCAUCAGGCUCUCACGCAUUAAAUACAAGGAGGAGGCCAGAAAGCUGUUAUUCAAGUAUGCAGAGGCAGCCAAGAAAAUGAUUGAUUCCAGAAACGCCACACCCGACAGUAGAAAAGUUGUAAAGUGGAAUGUUGAAGAUACAAUGAACUGGCUCAGGAGAGACCACUCUGCCAGUAAAGAAGACUACAUGGAUCGUCUGGAGCACUUGCGGAAGCAGUGUGGUCCUCAUGUGACGGCUGUAGCUAAGGACUCAGUGGAGGGGAUUUGCACUAAAAUCUACCACAUCUCAGCCGAGUAUGUGCGCCGAAUCCGUCAGGCCCACCUCAACCUGCUGAAAGAAUGUAACAUCACAGUGGACGGGGCAGAGACUGCAGAAGUGCAGGACCGGUUGGUGUAUUGUUAUCCAGUUCGACUGUCGAUUCCGUCGCCACCGCAGCCCCGUGUUGAGCUCCACUUUGAGAACGAUAUCGCUUGUCUGCGCUACAAAGGAGAAAUGGUGAAGGUUAACCGUGGCCACUUCAAUAAACUGGAGCUCCUUUACCGGUACAGCUGUAUCGAUGAUCCAAGGUUUGAGAAGUUUCUGUCCCGUGUGUGGUGCCUUAUAAAGAGAUACCAGGUGAUGUUCGGAUCUGGUGUGAAUGAAGGCAGUGGCCUACAGGGAGCACUUCCUGUGCCAGUGUUCGAAGCGCUCAACAAACAGUUUGGAGUCAGUUUCGAGUGCUUUGCCUCGCCGCUCAACUGCUACUUCAAGCAGUUCUGCUCAGCCUUUCCUGACAUUGAUGGUUUCUUUGGGUCUCGAGGGCCAUUUCUGAGCUUUUCACCUGUCAGUGGCUCAUUUGAAGCCAAUCCUCCAUUCUGCGAGGAGCUCAUGGAUGCCAUGGUCACACACUUUGAAGAGCUACUAGAGAACUCUAGUGAGCCGCUGUCUUUCAUUAUCUUUGUUCCUGAAUGGCGUGACCCCCCGACCCCAGCACUGACACGGAUGGAGACCAGUCGCUUCCGGAGGCACCAAAUGUCAGUGCCAGCGUUUGAGCAUGAAUACCGCAGUGGCUCUCAGCAUAUCUGCAAAAGAGAGGAGAUGUACUACAAAGCCAUCCACGGAACAGCAGUCAUCUUCCUGCAGAACAACGCCGGCUUUGCUAAAUGGGAACCAACCAGUGAGAGAAUUCAGGAGCUGCUGGCUGCAUAUAAGAUCUCGGGACGGUCACUGUCCUCUCCUGGACCUUCUUCCUCUUCUUCCUCCGGUAGUGGAGACAGAGACUCCAAACAGAGCUAUGAGCGCUCUGCAAGCCUGGAAGCCCCUGGAGGCCGUGAAAGUAGCAGCCCUGCACCUGAAGCAUCAAACAUUUAAGUGUGUGUGUGUGUGUGUGUGUGUGUGUGUGUGUGUGUGUGUGUGUGUGUGCGCGUGUGCGCGUGUGUUUGGGUAGAGACUGACUGACUGACUGCAUGUUAAGUCAGUUCAUGAGAGAGAAUGAGGAGAGAGCUAAAGAGAAAAAGUUCAUUUACUUUUCUCAGUCUCUAAUAUUUAAAGAAAUAUUAUGGGUUUUAUUAUUAAUGUUGUCAUAGUUGUUGAGUUUUUUUUUUUUUUUUUUUUUUUUUUUUUUUACUGAUGUGAUUAUUUGGUCACUAAUUGCAUUUUGUUGUUGCUGUUGUCAUUUGAGACGUGGUAAUUCUACUUGGGUCCUGUUUUAUUUUGGCCUUUUUAACUUUGUGCUUUGCUCCUUGGCAGAGUUGUCUAUCUGUCAGGUUGAGAAGUGAAAAAUGGACGAUAAUGUCUCUGUUGUGCUUUUCUUGUUCAAGUCUUUUUACUUAUAUGGCAAACGGAAGGGAGAUAAAUCUAUGAGUGGGCAGCUAUGUUCAUAAGCCCCUUACAUGCUAUACAUUACAGAGUAGUAGUAGGCCUUGUGCAUACAGAUUAGCUGUGCUAGCUCCAGUUUAUUUUGUGUUGGAGAGACUCCUUGAAGACUCCGUGCCAGCCUUAGUGGUCCGUCUUCUGGAACAAAGCACUGAAGAUGACAAAAGCUCAACUGGGAGUUUGUUCGAAGCGGUUCCUUUUAGGUGGGGUUCAGGAUGCAAAGGAGUAAAACAGCAGAAAAGGAUAGUUUUGCAUUGUUUUCCCAGACAGAACCUGUCACAUACUUAUAAAUUGGUUUCAACAUGUUAUAGACCCACUCUUAGUUUACUUGUUCUUAAAAUGUGCACAGAGGAUAACGAUGAAUCCAGAUGACUUUGUUUACUCGUCUGUAGGAAAAUACUGUUUUGUUACUCUUUGAGGUGUACAGUACAUGCUUUCAGAAAGGUUUGGUAGCAUCGACUGGGAUAAACACGAUAAAACAAUAGGGUAAAAAAAAAAUUCCUGAAAUUUCCAAUCUGCGAGUGGAUAAUAUAACUUCCAUCCUUGAUUAUUCACUCCUUUUACUUAGUGCAUGUCUCCGUAAAGAUUGCAAGAGAAAGCAAUAGGUGAUUUUUAAAAACUUACACAUGAUGUGUAUAUGUGAUAUUGCAUCUCAGCAAUACUAACUGUCCAUCCAUCCUAUAGAAUUGGUCCAACUGUCUUAAUUUCAGCCUUAUUAUUAUAAUAUUACUAAAUGCCUUGGGUUUUUUUUCUUUCUGCGCAGUUACAAAUAUAUUUGUAUUUGUGUGUUUACUCCAGAACGAGUUUGAACCUGAUCACUGGGCAGCAUAAUGAAUGUAAAUUCACAAAAAAAAAAAAGAAAAAAGGGUCAAAGACUUGAUCCUAGGUUUUCCCUCUGGGAGUAAACCAAGGAUAAGUCUUCUCUACUCCCAAUAUUCUUGUUAAAUUUAUGAAAUGUUCUGUUGGAAUCUGCUUUGUUGCAAUUAGUAAUGUGAUUGAAUUUAUAAGCAUCCUUAUAUAUGGUCUCUUAAUUUCUCUGUUGUGUUUUCUCACCUCUCUAUGUAUAUACCCGUCUUAUUUUUAAAGUAAUGAAUUGUAAUCACUUCAAGCUUAAUGCUUGAGGGAUGGCUCAUGCACUCUUGCCAUUAUAGCAGUACAGAAUUUUGGCAGUUUGCUGAUCAUUGCUAACACGUGACUCCCCGAAAGUAGUAUCUCACCUUUAUGAAGUCUUUAUCUGGCUUUCUCAUUCCUGGGGUGUUUCCCAUCACCAGCAACUCUGUAGAUAUUGUACAGAAAAGCAUUAUGAAGUAUGAUUUUUUUUUUUUCUGCUACAGUUGUAGAGUGAGCUCUUUUGAAAAAGAAAAAAAGUAUUCAUGUCUUUCUCCCCAUGCUUUUUAUUUCUUUUAAUUAAACAAACUCUUUAUGAAUUAUACAAUUUAUUACAUAGAAGUCAUUUUAAACUAAACCAAAGUGAUAACUGAAGAGGAGAAAUCUAUCUUGUAUGUAACAGUAGAACUGUGUAUGAACAGUACUGCAUAGUGUAACCAGCAAAAAUGAUUUGUUAUUUUUAUAUUUCAAUGUUGUAUGUGUUCUGAUUAGGUUCUUUUGCUUGAUCCCAUUUGUCACAAUCACAAAAGAGAUAAUUAAAUGUAUAGUGCUUAAA